UUGUAUACAUACGUCAAAAAUAUUAUUUCAAUUUCUUCUUAUCAUGUACUUUAUUUCUUAAAAACUAUUAUCUCUUUGUAUUUAAUUAUUAUUUUAUUCUAGAUUUAUUCAUUAUUUAUAUAUCCUGAACUUUUUUAAAUACUUUUUUUUUUAUAAGUAAGCAUUCUAAAUUCGUAUCGCUGAUUAAAUAACUCGAAAUAACGGCGACAAUGCUUUUAAAUUAAUUAUUUUCAGGGCAAUGUGUUCUACAAACAUUUCAAAGGUGUGUCUAUCCAGUUUCGGCGGGAGAAUUGAUGAAAUUCCCGGUAUAUGCGUAGAUAAUUUUAAUAUUAUUAAUAGAAGUGCUUAUUUCCUGAGCCAUUGCCAUACUGAUCACACGGAAGGAUUAUACAGUGAUGAACUAUUGGAUUCCUUGGAGGAGAAUGUGGACACGUACAUUUAUGUGUCGGAAAUGACCGCGCUAAUAGUUGAACACGAAAAAUACGAGUUGAAAAAGUAUUUGAAAGUUCUCAAGUUGGGUGAACCAACAUUGGUGAUGCUACGUUCAAUGCCAGAAGAGAACAUAGAAGAAUGUGUCAUCACCGUGACUGCUAUACCAGCGGGACAUAGUCUGGGCUCUAACAUGUUCCUCUUUCAAACAAACAACAAGACUAUACUGUAUACAGGAGAUUUCAGAAUAUCACCGAAUGAUAUAAAAAAACAUAGAGAUUUCCACAGCCCCCAGGAUCGCAAUGAACCCAUACAUCUCGACACAAUGUAUAUUGACACGACAUUUUUAAAUGGAGAACACAAUGUUUUCAUGAGAAGGACAGAAGUUAUCGACUACCUUACAAGUGAAAUAAAAAGUUGGCUAGACAGAGACAGUGAGAAUCGUGUUGCGUUAAGUCUAUCAGCAAAGUAUGGCUACGAGAGUGUGUUUAAUGAAAUCUAUAAGAGAUUGAGGAAGAAAGUUUAUGUAAAUGAUAAAAUCUGGAGUCUCUACAGGAAAAUGCCAGACAGAGUCAUAGGUGUGACAAAUGAUGAAACAAAAAUACGUAUACACGUCUGCCACAAUAAAUACUCCCAUUAUCAUCACAGGAGAUGCGUGCCAAACUCUCCUAACGCUAACUACUUGUAUGUCCGUCUGUCCGCUAUGAAAUGGCAGAAUUGCUCAUUAGAAGAGGUGCCAUUCAAGUCGAAAGAUCAAGGGACAAGAUUGGACGUGUGUUUCUCAACGCAUUGCAGUCGAAGUGAGCUGGUGCAUUUCGUAAACUACUUCUCGCCUAAAAAGGUCGUGGGUUUCCCAAAUCCUUACCCGCAAAGUGAAGGUACUUUAGUUAGAAAGAAUAUGUCAGAUUUUCAAUUUUUACCCAAGAAAAGAAGGCACCGUAGGUGAUGUAUAUUUUUUUAUAUUAAAACAAUGGUAACCCCGGCUGUAGUGUUCAUUUUUGACGGGGCACCUGUGGGGGAAAGGGUUAUUAUAUAUUAUACUUUAUCUGGUCGAUAUCCACGCAUGCUCCCUAGAAAUCAUGAUGGUUCACUUAUGAACCUGACCUGACCACCAUUCACCAUUGGGGAUGAAGGGUUUGUUAGUAAAGCGGACUCCCAGCCUCGUUGCUUGUUAGCAAUGGACCACAUGGAGGUCGACCUCCAUGUGGUCCCCCUGGAAACCUGAACACAGGGUUACCUACUAGUCAACAUAUAAUAUUGAUAGGAUAGAACUAAGAAAGAAAUGAAAGAAAGAAAUAAUUUAAUCAAAAGAAGCAUGCGGCCCACACAGUAGCGCACAAAACAAAAACAAAAGAAAUCAAAAACAAAACAAACAAAAGAAAAUAAUAAUUGUAUACAAAUAGAAAGCAAUUAAAUUAUAAUGUACGCGUGCGCGCGUGUGUGUCGCAAUGUUCUGUGAUGUAGGUCCGUGCUCAGCAUAUUGCUGCAGCGCUUGAAGCGCUACAGCGCUGUUUUUCAGCAAGAACCAUAGCGUCACAAGUAAAAAACAGUUAUAUAAGUAGUGCGUUGGUAUUCUAUACAUAUACAAAUCUACAUUAUACAUAUACACAUACACGUACAUACACAGACACAUACACAUACAUAUAUAUAUAUACAUACAUAUACACAUACACAUACAUACACAUUCACACACAUAUACAGAAUAAAGAAAAAUGAGAUGGCAAUAUAUAGUGUUCUAUCACCUAACCUAGCCAUACUAUUACUGUUCAAUCAGAUCAGCGACGCGGGAGGCUGUGUUCAUGCAUUGAGUGCAACUAGUUGAAUGUAUAAUGCGAAAUUUUACAAGAUUAGAUGGAUGUUCGCUCUUUCAAGCAAAGACUGACCUUAAAAAUGGGUUUUAAUGAAAUUUAGCAAAACGAGUAAGUUGUUUCCUAAUUUAGCACGUAGGAUACUGUGUAUUUACCAGAGGGAGACUUUGUAUAAAAGUCCGUUGCUUGGGUACCUCUGUCCCAUUCGUGUUUCUACCGUCAAGCAGUUGUGUUUGCAUGGCUGUGUUUCGAUUUGAAGGGUGGGAUAUGGCGUGAAUUUACAGGGUACAGUUACACUUGAGUCUUCAGGAAUGACAACGCAUGGGAGGUAUCAUGGGCGAAACAGUAUACUCUGUUAUGUCCAUGGUACUGCUCAUGUCUAUAGGCGACGGUUACCACUUACCAUCAGGUGGGCCGUCAGCUUGUUUAUCACACUAAGUUGUAUAAAAAAAAACAGUCUAACUAUCCACUGCUGAACAUACGCCUCCCCCUUGGAAGUUUUGCCAGUAGUUGCCACGCUUAGCAGGCGGAUUGGCAACUACAUUUAGGCUUUAGUAAUGCUUUAAGAGGGACGCUGCUGCCCAUUUCUCGCCCUCCCUUAAUCGCCUCUUACGACACCCACAGGCCUGUAAUAAAUGUGCUUACGACCAAAAAAAUUAAUAUAGAAACUGUUAUAUAUGUAUUUAUUACUAAAUAUAGACUGAAAAUGUAUGAAAAUUGCGUUUUCCUUGUUAAUACUUGUGUAUGUCUAACUUUAAGACUGUAUGAAUUUCAUUAUUUUUAAUAAUUUCAAUAAGAAUAAAUAAAUUGCUUACUUUAUUUAUUAUACCCGA